AGCAUUGAACACUCGCAUCCAAGGCUGUCGUGAUCGAAGCACGGGGGCAUGUGUCCCAGUCAUAGCAAACCAACCUUUUUGGUAUUGUGUUGUUGUUCCUUUGGUUUGUGUUGGUUUUUCUUUUUCUUUUAAAUCUGGUUUGGUGCUUCGAUCGUUGGAGAGGUUACCCAUGUGCAUUUCACCCCCGACGCGCGAGGAUUACAGGAUGAAGACAAGGCACUUUCCGAAUCGGACUCGUGGGGGCAGAUAGAAAAGUGGAAGAAGGGUCGCUUCUGUGGAUCGGGCACGGGGUGGAUUUUGUUACCAGCCUCUUGUACUGCGAUUUUGUACUGCAAGGCGGGGAUUUUGCCCCUUGCAAAGCGCUCACAAAGCGGAUUGUGAGUGUCAGCCCCAUCGACGGGUGGGAUCUUCGUUCGUUGCUGCAUGGGCUCGUGGUUUUGUAGUUGACCGCGGAGGUAGUUAAUGCUUCCGCAGCAGCGGGUGCUCGUGGAUUCAUCGAGGUCCUCAGUACAGUGCCACAUAUUGGCCUCUCCACAUACACCCCAAGCCGUAUUGUUCUCGUAGCGGUUACCACUGCAGGCCUGGGUGUAUGAAUGUGUGUGCGUGCGUGCGUGAAAUGUGAGUCUAGACAAGGAAAAACACGGGACGUCCUGGGUUGAUAGUCUUCUCGCAGAUCUCACAGGUGCAUAGACAAUGCGUGGAAAAGUAAAUUCGUGACGCUGCCUGAAACUGGACGCAGGGACUGCAGAAUUGGGGAGAGUUUCCGUGUGGUCGGAGUAUCAAUUGGUUUGUUUUAGCGUUUAUAGAAGUGCAGUUCUUUCUAGUCCUGCUUGAUCUGUUGAGCUUGUAUGCGGCUUGUAGCUGUAGGCCUUUCUUCCUGAGGAGGUUAAGGUGGUGAAGUUCAUGCCGAUUUCUGUACAUUCUGCUUGAGGUUGAGAAUUUCGAGACCUGGUGUAGAGUUGGUACAGAGGGAUUAUCUGUAAGCAUGACUAGGGUUCCAUUGGGUAGCGUAGGCGAGAAAGAAUGUGGGCUCAAGAAAGGGCCGUGGACACCGGAUGAGGACCAAAAGCUCUUGGCUUACAUUCAGAAUCACGGCCAUGGAAGCUGGCGCUCUCUGCCUCUUAAUGCUGGCCUUCAGCGUUGUGGCAAGAGCUGUCGAUUGCGGUGGACGAACUACCUUAGGCCGGACAUCAAGCGAGGUCGAUUCUCACAAGAGGAGGACCAGAUGAUUGUGCACCUGCAUGCAAUUCUGGGCAAUAGAUGGUCAGCUAUAGCUAGUCAUCUUCCUCGCCGCACUGACAACGAGAUAAAAAACUACUGGAACACUCACUUGAAGAAGCGUCUGCUGCAAAUGGGGAUUGACCCUGUGACACACAAAUCGACAACCGCAGAGGAGCUCCUGCUUGACAGCAUCCUUCCCGCUCUUAGGCCCACGAUUUCGUCCAACCUCUCCCAUACGUCGCAAUGGGAAAUUGCGCGUGCUGAGGCUGAGAUCAGGCUUUCUCAGCAAUCAUCUUUGAAUUCAGCAUCGAACUUAAAACCUUCACUGCAGCAGUGCAACCUGAGCACGAAGACGAAUCCUAACCAUAGCGCAUCAACCAACUUCAUGGACACCUGGAAGGCCCAGGUUGCUGAGACUUUGAGACCAAAUUUCGGAGCUGUGGAGCUCGACAAUUCGCCCGCGAACCCUGUCAACCUCCAAGCAUUCCUUCUAGACUGGGAGUCGUCAUUACAAGCUCCCCAAGCGCACAUGAAACAGUUUUCAGCGUACGACUCUCCCAUCAAUAUCUCUGAUUUGAGCACUGGCGGUGCUCCAGAAUUAGUCUCCGCUCAGUAUAACCCCAAGGGAUCUCAAUGCACAAUGGAAGGAUCCUCCAGCAUUUUUCCAGUAGCAGCCCAGUCCAGCGAGAGGUUCUUUACAUCUCGAAGGGGCACUUUGCCGGCAUCCCGGAUUGACCUUGAGAGCCGAGAGUCGGCUAGACUGUCGAGCAUGUUUUCCUUGUCUCGGGUGAACUCAGUGUCUGACAGCCAUUCUCUCUCCGGAGCAGGAUCCAGCUUUAACUACUCCGGAGCGUGCACGGAUAUUGAUAACCAGUUUUCUCCGACGAGCACGUUGAAUGCCCCUGACCGUGAUUCCUCUUACACGAAUAGUCCUUGCGGUAGCAGCAACAGCCAUUCAGAGUGCUUCGACCUCCUGCCCCAGAACUAUCCUUUGCUUCACCCAGACAAUAUCGUCGAACAAUCUGAGAAUAACUUGGUUUUACCUCGGGAACAGACUUUCUGGUCCAGGAAGCAAGUGGCGAUGGUGGAGGCUUUUCCUCCGGAGCCUUAUUUCUUUUCCGAGCUAGAAUUGGCCUCGCAGAAGCCGCCAAGCUUCAGCAUUGGCUCCACAGCACCAAUGUUGCACCAAGUUGGAGUUCCAAACAUCCCGCUCCUGCACUUCAAUUCUUUGUAACAGAAGCAUUUUUAGUUAAAUAUUUCGAACGAGUAGGCACAUUGACGAAAGAUCAAUGUUGGAUAGCAGCGCGCACAAAUUUUUAUCGGUUCUGCUACCAUGACAUCCAGAUUAGGGGAUGAGCACCAAUCCUGACGGCAAAUUGUGAUUGGCAGAGAUGACGACGAUCAUGCUAAUUCGACCUUCGCAUUUGGAACUCAAUGAAUGCCCCUUCUCUACUCCAUGCUGGAUGUGUAGAGAAGGGAGAGUUGAGAGCUGCGAUGGUCGGAGCAUUCAUGAACAGAGCACAAAUUUUGUAGAUAGUUGAGCAUGAGAUAGUAGGGUGCUUGUAAUUGACAACUUGUUUUUGGCGCCGCUCGUACACCAGCAGCUAUUGCAUUUGUAAUAUUUUUGGAGACUUUCAGACUCAAUUCAAACCAGUUUGUGCAA